AUGCAAGUGUUGGGGCUGGGUUCCUUGAAGGACCAAGGCACGUUGUCCCCCGCACCUGUCGCUAAUCAGAGCGGAGUCUCCGUCAGCCAAAGGGCAUUGGUUUCAGUGGUGCUGUUGCUGUGCGCGACAGAGGCCGAAACAGUCAGGACUGAGCCUGACCUGAGUUCGGAAAGGGAGUGGGACUUCACUAUCUUCAUAUGCAUGGUUGCGGUGUGCAGCAUUGUUGUUUGGGAAGCCUUGAAGUGGUUGCUCAGGAAGGGAAUUUGGACUUUUUGGGUUAAGUUAUGGGGAAACCGUGACAUCGAAGAACCCGAAGCAGAGCUAGACACACUCAGCGAAGUGCAGCCUGAUCAUGAGGAUGAUCUUCGAGAGCUUCCCCAAAUAGGCCCACCAAUCCCUCGCCCCCAUGAAGAGCCCGAACGACAAAUUGCUCAGAUGCCAGUCCCGCAAGAGGUGAUAAGGUAUGUAGAUGACGAGGUGUUAAUCUUCGCUGAGAGGGCACAAGCUCAAGAGUUUGAAAGGCUCACGCGGGUUGGGGCUAUUGAGGCCGGACUUCGAAAUCGGAAUCUAGGCCAACGCAUUUACCGAGAAGAACCAGAUAUUGAACCACCAGAGGCUCCGCCUUUGCCGCCAAGGCCUGUACAAAGGGCAGACAGCGAAGGGGUUCACCGCGAGGCGGACGCCCGAAGUCAGCGUGAACAGAUUGCUUUUCCUCAAGCACCUCUGAGACCUCAUCUAGUGUGGCCAGUUCCUGUACAGCUUCCGAACCACGAGGUGCUGAGAACAGCUAGCCCUUGGGGAGGACCUUUGAGUGCCGUCUUCCAAGUCCCUCCAGCAGGAGUCCGAGAUCACUUCAUCUACGACGCUCACCGCCGUCCAAAUGUCUUGAUCCGGUGGCAUGGGAUGCCGAGAUUGCGCUUGUUCUGUCCGUCAGACGCGCGCCUACCAGAGGUCAUUCGAAGACAAUCCUUGACGGGCAGAAGGAGGACGCUGAUCGUUCAUGCUGACGGUCGCACCGAACUCCGCGAUGAUCGUUUUGAUGAUCCCACCAACGCAAGGCAUUGCUAUGACAAUGCUUGGCGUGGAAGAACCGAGCUUGAAUUGCGUCCAGAACAGAAUGAGUGA